GCUGCCCUUUCCUUUCGUAUUAUUCUAAAGGAAAACUGUAUAUUAAUAUUAUUGAUAUACAUCCCAGCUACACUACUAACAUAAACCAUUGAGAUUAGCUUAAUAUAAUCCAAUAAUUAACAACAUUAGUCUGUAUGUAUUGUUCGGAACCAUCUAUCCUUCAUUUCCUACCAGUUCUAUAAUUUCUAAAUUCUAAGUCAAACUGAAAUUUGGCCCGGAACUCUGCCCCUAAACCUCUUUCUUUGUUUUCGUGGGAAGGUUUUACCUAACUGAUCUGCGCCUGCAGUCCCAGUAUUCAUAAAACUAAGGACUCAACCCCCCACCCCUCGAAAAACUGCAAAAUGUCAAGGCCUUCAUAAGCGGAAAAUUGGGUGUCCAGAACAAAGUUUGAGGAAGUCUUCUGCGGAUGUCAACAAAAAAGUUUAGUCCCAUGAAGAUCAGAUGGGGCUUGUACUCCUGAUAAGGAGAUGAUGGGAAGUUCAGAUUACUGGACAAGAGGAGUUUUUACCCGUUCUACCCUUUGCAUCCUUAUAGUUCUUCAAACUGCUGCUGCCCAACAAGGUUUCAGCAGUAUACAGUGCUGUGCGGAUACAAAUUUUACUGACUCAACUACUAACAUAAGUUGGGCUACAGAUGACAACUGGUACCCAGAUAAACUAACUUGUCAAGGCAUAACUCAACAUAUUGAUAAUACCACAUUAUCUGUUAAAACUCGAGUUUUUAACUCGAGCUUUGCCACCAAAUGGUGUUAUAACUUGACAACAAGGAAGGAUCAAGACUAUCUUAUAAGAGGUACAUUCAGAGCUGGAGAUCUACAGAAAGCACCUCAGAGUAGAAUCUUUGAUGUACUAAUAGACGUUACAUCUAUAGCUCAAGUGAACUCAUCAGACGAUGCUGUAGUGGAGGGAAUUUUCAGAACUACUAUGGAUUAUAUGAACUUCUGCUUAUUGAAAGAACAAGGAGAUCCUUACCUGUCAAAACUUGAGCUGAGGCCAUUAAGUUCAAACUAUCUGAAAGAGAAAGCUUCAACUGUUCUCAAACUUACACAUAGAAUCGAUGUUGGAAAUACAGGGACGGCUAUCAGGUACCCAUAUGAUCCAUAUGAUAAAAUUUGGAGACCGCAACCCGAUGAUGUCCAUUCCACUGAUGCCACAGAGUCAUCUGUGCUCAAUAUUUCCAUCAUCCCUACUAGCACAGUACUGCCUCCUACCCAAGUACUACAAACAGCUCUAACCCAUCCAGAGCGCUUAGAAUUCCUACAUAAUGACCUAGAUACUGGAUAUUACACUUACAAUCUUUACAUAUACUUUUUUGAACACAAUGAGUCAGUACAAGCGGGGGAUCGAGUGUUCAAUAUAUACAUCAACAACGAGAAGCAACAAGAGGUUGACAUUUUGAGUGCUGGCUCUAAUCAAAGAACAGUUGAUUUGAACUUCAAAGCUAAUGGGGUUCUGAAUUUGACACUUGCCAAAACAAAUGGCUCCCAGUUGGGGCCAAUUUGUAAUGCCUAUGAGAUUUUGCAGGUUCGACCCCAACUUCAUGGGACCACACAAGAAGAUGUGAAUAUCAUCAUGGAUGUGAAGGAUAAUUUAUUAGUAGAAAACCAAGAUAACAAAGUAUUGAGAAGCUGGUACGGAGACCCAUGCCUACCCCUUCCAUGGAAUGGCCUGUUUUGUACAUCAAUUGAUGGUUCCUCAGUUAUCACCAAGUUGAAUCUGUCUUACAAAAAUCUUCAAGGAUCACUUCCUCCUAGUAUCUUAAAAAUGCGCCACCUGAGGGAAUUGAACAUGAGCAACAACAGAUUCACUGGUGUUGUCCCAGCAUUUCCAGCUUCAUCCAUUUUGACCUCACUGGAUCUCAGCCACAACAAUCUUAAGGGAAAGGUUCCAGAAUCACUUGCUUCACUUCAACAACUAACCACACUUUCAUUUGGAUGCAAUCAGCAUAUGAGCAGGGAGCUUCCUGGAAACCUUAACAGAUCAAAACUUGACACAGACAAUGGAACAUGUAAUCGUAGAAGAUCAUCAAACACAUCAAAAGGAAUUAUCAUAGGCACCGUUACAGGUGGAAUACUUUUUGUUGUUGUGGCUGGAGUGUUUUGCUACUGCUUUUACAAGAAAAAGGUGAUGACUAGGGGAAAGUUUGACCGAGGCAAUUCUAUGACAAAGAAUGCAAUCUAUUCAAUACGAAGCAUGGAUGAUAUCUCAAUAAGAUCAAUAAACAUUCUGAAUUUCAGCCUUGAGAACAUAGAAACUGCUACUCAGCAGUACAAAACUUUGAUAGGUGAAGGUGGUUUUGGAUCUGUUUACCGUGGAACUCUGACAGAUGGCCAAGAAGUGGCGGUAAAGGUUCGCUCAGCAACUUCAACACAGGGUACUCGUGAAUUUAAUAAUGAGUUAAACCUUCUGUCAGCUAUUCGACACGAGAAUCUGGUACCCCUUCUUGGCUAUUGUUAUGAGAAGGACCAACAAAUUCUUGUAUAUCCAUUUAUGUCUAAUGGUUCCCUACAAGAUCGUCUUUAUGGGGAAGCUGCUAGACGCAAAACUCUAGAUUGGCCUACUAGGCUUUCCAUCGCUUUAGGAGCUGCUCGAGGACUGACUUAUCUUCACACAUUUUCGGGCCGAUGUGUAAUACAUAGAGAUGUAAAAUCGAGUAACAUACUAAUGGAUCAGAGCAUGAGUGCCAAAGUAGCAGACUUUGGCUUCUCAAAAUAUGCUCCUCAAGAGGGGGAUAGCGCUGCUUCUCUAGAAGUAAGGGGAACAGCUGGAUACUUGGAUCCAGAGUAUUAUUCAACUCAGCAUUUGACCGCAAAAAGUGAUGUCUUUAGCUUUGGAGUUGUCCUACUUGAGAUUAUAAGUGGAAGAGAACCUCUCAACGUACAAAGGCCACGCAAUGAGUGGAGCUUAGUCGAAUGGGCAAAACCUUAUAUACGGAACUCAAGAAUCGAUGAAAUAGUUGAUCCUAGCAUAAAGGGAGCAUAUCAUGCAGAAGCUAUGUGGAGAGUGGUAGAGGUAGCAUUGCAUUGUAUAGAGACUUUCUCAGCAUACAGACCGAGCAUGGUUGACAUUGUACGCGAGUUAGAAGAUGCUUUGAUUAUAGAGAAUAAUGCAUCUGAAUAUCUCAAGUCCAUGGACAGCUUGGGAGGAUCCUAUCGGUUCUCCAUAGAAAGGACGAUCAUUAUUCCCCCCACUCCAACUCCAACAGAAACAGAAACUUCACCCAUCCUUUCACAACCAGCUCCUCCACAACCAAGAUGAUUAUGAAGAGAAAGCAAAAGUCCCUCACUCUUGUAAUAGGGUUUGGUACAUCAUCUCUACUUAAUUUUCUCCACUCAAAAAGUAUCUGCAUCAUUUCUAUGGAUAUAAGUUAUACACAUCGUUGCACGUUAUCCAAAAUCUAUGAUUUAACGAGGAUGCUAUGUAAUAUAAGUUCAUUCAUCAUUCUCGGUCACUCAGAA